GGAAUACAGAACUGGAGACUGGUGUUGUUAUUGUUCCUGGACCACCCGCUAUCAUUGUAGAGCGGCGCAGCCCAUUUCUCCUCAACUGUUCUGCUUUCUCAAGUCCAGGAUUUGGGCAAACAAGUUAUCGAUGGACACGGAACAAGGUUAAGGUCACCUUAAACAAACGAAUCCAAAUGGUUGAGAAUGGCUCGCUGUAUUUCCAACACUUAAAGCGGAAAAAACGUGAUGAGGGACUGUACGAGUGUUUUCUUAACAACAGUAAAGGUGUUGUCAUAGGACGACGGGUGAUGGUCAAAGUGGCAAGAAUCGCCAGCAAGUUUACCAAGAUGCCCACCAAUCAGGUGACUGUUGUGGGGGGGGUGGCCCGAUUUGAAUGCAAGAUAGACGCCACGCCCCCUCCAGUGUUUAUAUGGGAGAAAGACGAUGCUAGCCUUCCUCUCAAUAACAGGACUACAACUCUCACCACGGGUGUGCUACAACUCCACAACGUCCUUCAGCAGGAUGCUGGGAUGUACCACUGUUCAGCACAGCACAGUCUCCAGGAUAUCGCCAAUCUACACGAGACGUUCACCUCUAUGACUCGGCGCCGCAGUGAGACGGGAAUCCUCACUGUAAUACCAGACAAAGCCCCAAGACCUCCAAGGAUUGUGUACGCUACAGAUGAGAUCAUAGCUAACGUUGACGAAUCUGUCACUCUCGAAUGUCUGGUCGACGGCAACCCAAAGCCCAACGUUACCUGGGUCACACAAAAUGGAAGUGUUGUUAUAGAAAACAUGUUGAAGAUGAGGGUUGGGACCAGCAACCUUAAGCUCAAGAACCUGGUAGUGAAAGAUGCAGGGACGUAUCGGUGUAUCGGCUCCAGUCCGGGCCACGUAGACGCCAGUGCAGAGGUUGUGUUGAAGGUCAGAGCCCCUCCAGUGUUGGAUGGUCAUCUGGUCAGCCACAAGGUCCAGAGUGCCCAGCGGAUUCGGCUCGAUUGUCCCGUGACCGGCAAGCCAAGACCAAAAGUGACAUGGUACAGAAACGGAGAGAUUCUCAUUGCCGAAUCUCAAAGCCGCAUCUUUAUUACGAAACAGGACGUGCUGCUAAUUGAGAGUUGGGCGAGUGACUCGGGGUACUACCAGUGUCUGGCUUCUAACCCGGCCGGAUCUGUCAUGGCCACCGCUCGCAUAGAAGUCAUUCAGAAAGAAAACGUUCCAGGGAUGACCAAGAACUUCACCGUCACUGUCCUGUCAGCCUCGGAUGUGUUCGCAGAAUGGGCAGGUGCAGACUCUCCUGCCUGUUGUCCUGUUGUGGCCUACACGCUUCACUACCGCAAGAUCGGGGGCGCUGCUAAGGAACAGAAGGAGAUCGUGGAAGGGACCUCCGUGGUUGUCAGGAAUUUGGACGUUUACUCUGAGUACGAGUUUUAUGUGAAAGCCUACGCUAGAAUAGGUGCUGGGAAUGAGUCGAAAAAAAUACGUGUGACAACAAUGGAAUCAGUGCCUUCCGCACCUCCGACAAUAGAGACAACAAGUACAUCCCCAACAAACAUACAGGUGACCUGGAGCGAACUCUCUCGGGAGCUUAGCAACGGCAUCAUCACAAGGCAUCUGAUUUACUACAAAACUGGCACGUCACGGCCCAAGGUCAUAGAGGUUGCAUCCAACAAGACCAGCUACAUGAUCACAGGUCUGAGAUCGGAUACAGACUACUUCCUGCUCGUGUUGGCCGGGACUGCCGAGGGCUACCCGACUCAGGCUGAGGAUUUCUGGACCUGGACCCAACACCACACGCCCAGCAUAGACGUGGAGUUACCUGCCCCUGAACUUGAGGUUAUGAUGGUGAAUAACAAUACUGUACGCUUUCUGUGGAAUGUUGGUAACGUCUCAGAACCUGUAAUGGGCUAUCGUCUCUCUGUACACAAGAUUCUAGAACAAGAUGGCGUGCCAGCAGAGGUCACGGAGGUCAACGCCACAACGACCACUUUUUAUAUGUCUGGUCUCGAGCCUGAGAAGUUCUAUGAGGCCGUCCUAAUGGUGCUGAGUACAGACGAUAAGGUCGUGGGACUAGUGACUCUCCUGUUUCAGACACACAAUCCAAACAUGCCAGCCCUGCCCCCUCCCCCCAUAGACCUUGAGCCCCACCCCCUGUCCUCCAGCACGGUCUCCUUCUCCUGGCGUCCGCCUCACACUCCCCAGGAGAUCAGCUUCUACACCAUCCAGUACAGCACCGCCAACAAUAGCCAUAAGGUCACUGUCAGGAGUGAGCAGCCGAGAGUUGUGCUGGAUAACCUGGAGACGUUUACUUGGUACAACCUGUCUGUCCGCUCCCAUACCAAGGUCCUCCAUGGCCCCUACAGCAGUCCUGUCCUGGUACAGACCAAAGAGGGAGUUCCGACUGCCCCCGGUAACAUCCAGAUCAAGUCACUGGCCAAGGACAAGGUUCGGCUGAGUUGGACGGCUCCUUCCAAAGUCAACGGAGAAAUUGUGUCGUACGUGAUUCUCUACAACAAGGAGCCGAGUCUUAGUGACGACCUCUGGACUUCAAUAAGUAAAAACGGAAGUUCUACAUCUGCUGUGAUCAGGAAUCUGGCGGAUGACACUUAUUAUUUUAAGUUAAAGGCGUGUACACGUGCAGGCUCCGGACCAUCCUCCCCCGUCAUACAGGUCAUCCUAAAGGGCUGUUCCCUUGCCUGUAGUCCUGACAGCCCUCCCAAAAACCAAAAUUCAGGUACGGAAUCCCCCUUGGGAGUGGUUCAGGACCAGAAACUCGGAAUCAUCAUCGGCUGUUCCGUCGGUCUCUCCAGCAUCGUCAUCUGUAUCCUCGUCAUCCUGCUCAAACAAAGGCACUACAACCGUAUGGCGCAGCACCAGGCCAGUUCUCAUGUUCACCAAAACGGUCACAUAGUGACAGGCCAGCCUCCCAAGACAUCCAAUGAUGUCAGCACGCCCAUGUUACCAGAAAACCUCCACAGCGACAGUAAGGGGCCAGGAAAUGGGACCUUGUUCUCAGGAAAUGGGCGUGUGAUCUACAUCUGCGGCAGUAACGGUAAUGGGCGACUACGAGCUGUUGUGGCUGAACCUCAUAAACAACCGAACGGCACCACACCGAUGCCAGAACAGACAGCCUUAUUACUGGGUAACACGGAUGGAAACCAACUCACCUUUCACCCCAGAAAUAAUCUUUUUGUGGAGCCUGGCACUGAUCAGACUAGUAACCAGGACAACAACAUUUCGACAGAGCUUCACUAUGAUCCCGCCCUCGAAAGUAUUAGCCGCAGCCAAACUGGUUCGCCAAGCAGCACAACAGAUAAUUCUCCUUAUCCUGGCAGGGCUUGUUCAACUUCUGGGGAAAUGGACAAAAACUCACAUAAGUCUACCUCAGACUCCCAGACACUUUACCCGAGAGAGUGGCCCCCAGGUGGUGGUAACACAACUGUGUCAACAAAGGGAGACAACUCUGCUGUGUCACCUAUGGGUGACAACACCAUUGUCAAAAAUGACACUAAAAUUAACAAUAGCUGUGACAUGGACUCUGAUUUAGAGGAAGAUGGUCACAGCAAAACGGGUGGUACGCUAAGUAGUGACGAACUACUGUUUCAGAUGUUCAAGUCGACAACCUCAAGCAUGGACCAUACUGACGAUGUGUGGAGACCAGCGUCUGCCACCUCCUCUACCUCCAACCUGGCCAUGAAGCCAAGCAUGGGCCUACCUCACACACAUAGCUCAACUAACACAGCUCCCAGGGUGUGACAGAAUGACAUGUGGCUCUCAGAGACCUUUAGAAGUCAUAGAACACUCCCAGGGUGUGACACAAUGACAUGUGGCUCUCAGAGAAGACCUUUAGAAGUCAUAGAACACUCCCAGGGUGUGACACAAUGACAUGUGACUCUCAGAGAAGACCUUUAGAAGUUAUAGAACACUCCCAGGGUGUGACACAAUGACAUGUGGCUCUUAGAGAAGACCUUUAAAAGUCAUAGAACACUCCCAGGGUGUGACACAAUGACAUGUGACUCUCAGAGAAGACCUUUAAAAGUCGUAGAACACUCCCAGGGUGUGACACAAUGACAUGUGACUCUCAGAGAAGACCUUUAGAAGUCAUGGAACACUCCCAGGGUGUGACAGAAUGACAUGUGGCUCUCAGAGACCUUUAAAAGUUAUAGAACACCCCCAGGGUGUGACACAAUGACAUGUGGCUCUCAGAGACCUUUAAAAGUUAUAGAACACUCCCAGGGUGUGACACAAUGACAUGUGGCUCUGUUAGUCUGGCUCCAAGUGUAGGAUGGAAUGUCUUUUCCAGGGUUUCUGAGUAGACCUUAGGUAGACAUAAUGCUCCCAGGGUGUGAUAGAAAGACACAUGGCUCUCUAGUAGAUCUUUGUAGUCAUAGAACACUCCCAGGGUGUGAUAUGAUGCAUGGCUCUCUAGUAGACAUGUCCAGGGUGUGUUAGAAUGACAAUUGACUCUCUAGUAUAAGUUCAUGUGACAGUACAUUCUAUAGAUAGACAGACAGUAUCCUAGAGUGUGGCAGUCAGCCUCCUAGAGUGUGGCAGUCAGCCUCCUAGAGUGUGGCAGUCAGUCUCCGAGAGUGUGGCGGUCAGCCACCUAGA